UAAAAUGAGACAGAGUAAAUAUGAGUUAAAACAAUUUGACACAAACUUUACUUGCAAGACUAGCAAAAACAAAAGUCCAAAAUCCCUGCAUUUGAACAAUAUUAUUGGGAAUUCUACAUUGAGAAAAACAUGUCCAUAGGAUAGAACAAGGACAUCCUGCCUUCCAGAUAAGAGCAGCUCAUCUUUCUUUGUAAGCAUUGUGUUUCUUUCAAGCUUCAGCAAAAUCCACUUAGGAAUUCAGUGAAGUGGACUCCAAGCUUUAUAUUAUUACUUCACAACUAUGCAUACUUCAGAACCUUUAUAUAUAUAUAUAUAGAGUCCCCCAUCUGGUAGAGUAGAUGACUGUGAUUGUACACACACUUAAGUUUGUCUAUUCAGAAAGCAUAAAUAGAAAAUAGUAUGAAGGCCUCUGUUUUGUUUGGCAUUGUCUUGAUACUAUGUGCAUGCAUUUGCAGCAAACUUAUAUGGGCAAAGGAUGCAGAUAAUCUCCAGGAUACCUGCCCAGCAGACACGGCUCGCAAAAACAUCUUCGUAAAUGGUUUUCCGUGCAAGAAUCCAGCUGAGGUUAUAGCUUCGGAUUUUAAAAGCUCACUUUUGAGCAAGAAAGGCGACACGGACAACUUCUUGGGGUCUUCGACAAACAUACUCACUGCUGCAAAGUUCCCGGGCCUCAACACUCUGGGCUUAUCGGUUGCAAGGACCGACUUUGAAGUGGAUGGCCUGGUGUUGCCUCAUUCUAACCCGAGGGCUUCUGAGAUGGUGUUUGUCAGCUCAGGCAGGGUGGUUGCCGGGUUCGUGGACACCAAAGGUAGAGUGUUCCAAAAGAUUCUCAACGAAGGUGAUGUUUUCGUGUUCCCUAGAGGGCUUCUGCACUAUUUCUACAACAUCGGCUUCGAGUUUGCCACGGUUUUCUCCGUUCUGAGCAGCCAGAACCCUGGCGUUGUGGGCAUCUCGGAUGCCCAGUUCACACCUGAUAAUGAUGAUUCAGAUUCCAUGAAAACGCUGAUCAAGAAAUUGAAGUCUCUUUCGAACUUGGAUGUUGACCGGAUUGAUAACGCAACAUUGCUUUCCUAUGGCGACCUUCCCAGCAACCCAUGGCAUCUGCAAAUUUGAAGCUACUUCAGUGAUAUCUGGUGGAUUGGUUACUGAAUAUAUAUAUUAUGGGGAAUUCCAAACACCACAUUUCAAAUAAAAUCUUCUCUUUCCUUUUCUAA